AUGAGUGAAUCUGAAUUUACACAACAACAAGAAGACCAAAUUCUUGAACAAUUCUCCAAGUUGCAACAAGAAUACAACAACUUUGCCUCCACUGUGGCAAGAAUUGAAUUGGAAGUUAGAGAUCAUGGUUCCGUUAUUUCUGCUCUCAAGGAAUUGGAUGGUGAUAGAAAAUGUUUUAGAGUUGUCGGAGGUGUUUUAGUUGAACGAACAAUCAAAGAAGUUAUUCCAGCCGUCGAAGGUAAUUUGGAAAAUGUAAGUUUAUAA